AAAAAAGAAACCAAAAGAAGACGUCUCAUUUCAUCAGUGAAAUGCGCUUCCAAACGAAACGUAGUGUCCUUCACAUUCCUAAGGAAACUACACCAUAUCAGCAACAUAAAAACACCAGAGAGAAAUUCUAGAAGACAAGACAGAGCAAAGGAUUUCGAGUAGAGAUCAACAAAAGUUCGAAAAAAGAUGGGUUGGGGAUGGGCGAUCUACGAAGGAAUGGUGGUUAUGGGAUCGCUAGUUCUUCUAGGAUGGACAGGUCUUUGGUUCUUAAACCGAAGACUUUACAAAGAGUACGAGGAAAAAAGAGCUUUGGUUCAAAUCAUUUUCAGCAUUGUAUUCGCUUUCUCUUGUAACCUUCUCCAGCUCGUUCUUUUCGAGAUCAUCCCCGUUCUCUCCAGAGAUUUCUUGGAAGAGAAUGUGAGAUGGAAAAGGAGUGUUCUUAGAGUUGAUUUUGAUGGUAUUGGUGUUAAUGCAACUACUGAGCUUAAUCUUCUGUCCAAAGGGGCAAGAUUGGUAAACUGGAAGGUUGAUCUAUUCUGUUUGAUUUUGCUACUAGUUUUCAUGUUGCCUUAUUACCAUUGCUACUUGAUGCUUUGCAACAGUGGUGUGAGGAAGGAGCGGGCUGGAUUGGGAGCUAUUCUAUUCUUGUUGGCCUUUCUCUAUGCUUUUUGGCGCAUGGGCAUUCACUUUCCCAUGCCCUCUCCUGACAAAGGUUUCUUCACAAUGCCUCAAUUGGUCAGUCGAAUUGGUGUUGUUGGAGUAACUGUCAUGGCUGUCCUAUCUGGUUUUGGUGCCGUAAACUUGCCAUACAGCUAUUUGUCACUCUUCAUCAGAGAGAUUGAGGAAUCAGAGAUUAAGGCAUUGGAGAGGCAACUAAUGCAAUCGAUUGAGACUUGUGUUGCAAAGAAAAAAAAAAUCAUUCUUUGUCAAAAGGAGAUGGAACGAGUUCAAGGAUCUGACGAGAACUUAAAGGCCGGAUCCUUCUUCAAAAGGAUUGUAGGCACAGUUGUACGUUCAGUGCAAGAUGAUCAGAAGGAGCAAGAUAUUAGAAUCUUGGAUGCUGAGGUUCAAGGUUUGGAAGAGCUUUCAAAGCAACUAUUCCUGGAAAUCUAUGAGCUCCGGCAAGCUAAGGAGGCUGCUGCUUAUUCGCGAACAUGGAGGGGCCAUUUGCAGAAUUUGCUUGGCUAUGCAGGUUCAGUUUAUUGUGUAUACAAAAUGAUUAAGUCUUUACAAAGUGUUGUUUUCAAGGAGGCUGGUUCAGUUGACCCUGUUACAAUGUCAAUUACCAUAUUGUUGCAGUUUUUUGACAUUGGAAUAGAUGCUGCAUUGCUAUCACAGUAUAUUUCCCUGCUGUUUAUCGGAAUCCUAAUUGCCAUAUCAGUGCGGGGUUUCUUAACUAAUCUAAUGAAGUUUUUCUUUGCAGUUUCCAGAGUUGGUAGUGGAUCUUCCAGCAAUGUUGUCCUUUUCCUUUCAGAAAUUAUGGGAAUGUAUUUCCUUUCUUCAAUUCUUCUGAUACGAAAAAGUUUGAGGAAUGAAUACAGGUUGAUUAUAACGGAUGUUUUGGGUGGAGAUAUUCAGUUUGACUUCUACCACCGAUGGUUUGAUGCAAUUUUUGUGGCCAGUGCAUUCCUUUCUCUGCUUUUGCUUUCUGCACAUUAUACAUCUCGCCAGGCUGACAAACAUCCUAUUGAUUGAUGUAUUAUCAUAUGUGCCACAACAAAGCGUUAUUAUACAAUCUCAAUUCAGUUUCGAGCCUAAAACCAGUUGAUAACCACCAAUUUUUCCCAUCAAAAACCAUAAACAGCUGUCGAAGAGAAAGAUGGCUUGUGCUGUAGAGAGGGAAAAGCACUUCAAGUUUCUUUUUAGAGAGAGAAUGAUCUGGUAGGGGAGAGGGUGCUUUAACUUGCAAGGAAGGAAACAGGACUACCAUGAAUGAUGGUGCCAUGAGAAAGAGUUGGUUUCCAUUGCCAUGCUAAACAGCUCUAGAUCUAUCUUUAAGAUAAGCAUUGUGUGGUGUUGCUGUUCAAGAAUGCAAAAGCCUCAAAUUUUAAGAAAAUUAAAAUGCUGGCUAGUAUAUUAUUUACAACUUUUUUUCAGGAUACCUACAUUAGAUUCAACAAAAAUUUCUUAGAUAUGUUGUAUAUACUACUGCAAAGCUGAAUCAAAGUAAAUUUAUUCAUCUAGUUUCUUGUUUAAACAAUGAAGGGAUUGUAACAAGAUGGUAACAGUUAGCCAACCAUCGUUUGCUCACCAUCGCCACAUUUGCUGUUAGUUGAUAGUUGCAUGGUUUUACCGCUUCAUGCAUGUUAUUUUUCCAUCU